CUGACCUCGUAGCCAGGUUGAUAGAUUUAAAACAUUGUUCCUUCAGUUUAUACAUUAGGCCUACGACGGAGUAGACUGGCUAGGGGAUCCAGAGGCACAACAUUUUUUUAAUCGUUGUUUCAAUAGGUAGGUUCAGAAAACGUUAAUGCAAUGUAAUUUAAAUUUAGAUAAAUUCAGCCAUGCAUUGAAAUGCAGCUCCUAUAGUUUAGAAUGAAAGAAAAAUCCCACAUUUUAUUUUCUCUCCUCGUGGGAUGGUCCAAUCUCCUGUCCCAUGUCCAUUGCACUGGUCGUUUGGGAGGGCGGGCAACCAAGAGGAUCGGCGAAACAGAAAGUUGAGCGGCGUGGGACUGACAGGAGGGCGGGAGUGAGAGUGGAAGACCGCGCCAGCCACAACAGACCCUCUCCAGCAGCACCAGAGCUGCCGUGUAGGUAGUGCAUGGAGUUAAUUGCCCAGUCGACUUCAGGGAAGGGGAAAAGGCUCAUGUCCGGUACUUACAGGUGAAGGUGUUUAUCCGGAGCGAACGACCCGAGGAACAAUCUUGAGGGGAGGAGGUCAGUGUGGAAGUCCGCCACGGAUUGAAAUCUCGGGAGCACACCGGAGAGUAGUAGUAGUAGGUUUGUAAAAUGUGCCCUUACGGCAACUCGAUGACACUUCAAUGGUGAGGUUUCCGGAGGAGGGGGGAGGGAUUUGCCGUGUGACAGACAGGUGCAGAGAUCGCCGUUUGGUUUGAGCCCCGCGGUCUGUCUGUCUGUCCAUUAUAAACAAACAUGGAUAACCGAACGGAGAAUAAGACGAGGAAACAGCCGACCAAAUCCAAGCCGUCUCGGCGGAAAGAGAAGAAAUACAAAUCGGCGAAGCUUUUCAGAAGAAAGUCGCUGAGAUCCGUCGGUCAUUUUAUGAGCCGGAUCUUGAAAACUUUGGGAACUUUGGCGCACUUCGGCGACGACGCGGGGCCCCCUGAAGCCGAGGAUGACGACGGCGGCUUCGGGGAGAGCGCGGCAUGCUCCUCCACACUGAAAAGCACCACCACUUUCACCUCAGGGAAUCACAACGACCAGGUCCACGGCCUCAAGAAGAGCUCCACCGUCUCUUCCCACGGAUCCGUGAAAGACCGGCUGUCGCUGUGCUUCGGCGACAAGACGCCGGGCGUCCUGGGCUUGAAGAACCACGGGAACACCUGCUUCAUGAACGCGGUGGUCCAGUGCCUGAGCAACACGGACCUGCUGGCGGAGUACCUGGGGCUGGAGCAGUACCAGUCGGACAUGUGUCGUCGCAGCAGCGGCAGCAUAGGGGUGGUGAAUGGUGUGGUUAAGGACGGGGAUCAGCAGACAGCCCGAGGCGAGGUGACCGUGCAGCUGGCGUCGCUGGUGCGGGCGCUGUGGACCCUGGAGUACACGCCGCAGAUAUCUGGGGACUUUAAGAGCAUCGUGUCAAAGUACGCCUCUCAGUUCCGGGGGAACUCACAGCAUGAUGCUCUGGAGUUCCUGCUCUGGCUCUUGGACAGGGUGCAUGAAGAUGCCAGCGCCAAGACCAACGGAUCCUCUAAGGUUCCCAGUGUGGUGGUGAUGGAGCCUGCCUGUCCCCCGGCUCUGCCUCUGUCCAACCAGCCAGGCACCAGACACAGCUUUGUGCAGGAACACUUCCAGGCCCAGUACAGGUCUUCACUGACAUGCCCCCAUUGCCUUAAACAGAGCAACACCUUCGACCCGUUCUCCUGUAUCUCCCUGCCCAUCCCCCUACGCCAGACCAGGCCGCUGUGUGUGACCCUAGUGUUCAGCGCCAAGGGCCAGCGAUACCUGCGGGUGGGUCUGGCCGUGCCUCUGAUGGGUACCCUGAGGUGCCUGAGAGCCAUGGUGGCAGAGGAGGGCAAACUCCGCCCAGACCAGGUCAUCCUAUCAGAGCUCUACACCACCGGCUUCCAGCGGAGCUUCUCGGAUGAAGACGAUCUCACAUCCAUCACCGAUAGCGACGUGGUGUACGCAUUCCAGGCCCCUCCCCUUCACAGCCGGGAAGCCCCUGCACCAAUCUCAGGGUACCACCACAGCCUCCCCUCCUCCCCGUACUCCUUCAGCCCGGGACCCGGCGGCCAGAGGUCAGGGACCCUCUCCUCAGAGUUCCUUAACAAGGGCGGCUCCACCAAGGUCCUCCUGCUCCUCUGCAGCACGGCGGGGUCUGGCCCGCAGGCAGUCAGGUUUGGACCGCCCUUUCUGAUGCGUGAGGACCGGGACAUUUCCUGGGAGCAUCUGCACCAGAGCAUCCUAAGCAAGCUCUACUACCUGAUGCUGAAUGGAUCCCAGGCUAAGAACAGCGGCGUGCUGUUUAAGAUCCGAGUGGUGGGUGGAUCUGCAGCCUACAGCUACCUCUCUCCACAAGACGGACGGCCCCUCCAGCACCCUGCGGUGGACAGGGGGCUGAAGCUGUGUGGGACCGGGGGGACCCCUCAUGUCAAGCUGGUCAUUGAGUGGGAGCACAAGGUCAAGGACUGUCUGUUUGGCAGUAUCCAGGAGGAGGUAGUGAAGGAUGCAGAGAGUGUGAGGAGCCAGCAGCAGCAACAUCUACAGCAACACAGCUGCACUCUGGACGAGUGCUUCCAGCUGUACACCAAAGAGGAACAGCUUGCCCCGGACGACGCGUGGCGCUGCCCCCACUGUAAGCAGCUCCAGCAGGGCAUGGUGAAGAUGAGCCUGUGGACCCUCCCAGACAUCCUCAUCCUCCACCUGAAGCGCUUCCGGCAGGUGGGUGAGAGGCGGAACAAGCUGUCCACGCUGGUGCGCUUCCCCAUGGCCGGCCUGGACAUGGCCCCCCACGUGGUGAAGAGGAGCCAGAGCAUGAAGAGCCUGAACCUGGGGCCCUGGCCGCCGGCGUGGAAGCCCCCCUCCGGCCAAUCCCCCAGCCCGGCCCUGCCCCAGGACUACCUGUACGACCUGUACGCCGUGUGCAACCACCACGGGGGCAUGCACGGAGGGCACUACACUGCCUACUGCAGGAACUCUGUGGACGGCCAGUGGUACAGCUACGACGACAGCAGUGUUGACCUGGUGCCAGAGGAGGAAGUGUGCACCAGGGGGGCCUACAUCUUGUUCUACCAGAGGAGGAACACCAUCCCCCCCUGGUCUGCAAGUAGCUCCGUUGGGGGCUCCACCAGCUCCUCCAUGUCAGACCACUGGCUGAUCCGGCUGACGGACGACAGCAUGAGGAGCAGUGUGGCGUCUCGCCACUCCGCCGCCCUCCCCGACUCCCUCCCCGACUCCCCGGAGCCCCCAGUCUACGAGGGCAACUCCCCGAAGCAGGAGAAAGGCAGGUUUGAGAGCCGGCCGUUUGAGAGGGGUCUGAAGGGCCGCAGCGUCAGCAUGAGGAGCCCCAGCAAGGCCCGGGACACCCUGAACAAAGUCCUGCCCCUCCGCUGGUCCUUCGGCUCCAAGGACCGACGGAAACCCCAGAGCGCGGCGCCCCCCGCCGAGCCCCCGCCGGGGCCGGCCGAGCUGGUGGAGUACCUGGAGUCCGGGCGCCGGCCGCGCUGUACCAAGGAGCCCAUCGUCAGUCUGAUGGCGGGGCAGCCCGCCGCCAAGGACAAAGCUCGCCACGGCCACCCCGGCGUGGGCGGGCUCAACUGCAUGGGCAGGCCGGAGGAGGGCGGCUGUCCAGAGUCUCCGGGGUCGCAGGUGGCAGAGGGCCAGAGGCGCACGUCGGGCGGCAAGACUUCAAGCCUGAGGCGCGGCGGGAAGAGCAGCCAGGGGAAGGGGGAGAGCCCCGCCACGAGCACGGCCGCCUGCACCGCCACCCUGGGCAGGGCCACCUUGACCCGCAGGAAGGACAGCGGGAAGCAGGGGUCCUCCAGGGGCCCCCCGGAGGAGGUCGAGACCAGGUGGGGGUCCAGCGCGGGGGUCCAGCACAGCGUCAGCACGCCCAGCCUCCGGCAGGGUUCUCUGAGCAGGACCAAAGAGCAGGCGGGGAGGGCAGAGCGGCCCGCCGCCCAGAGGGGGGAGCAGGGGUCCCGCGGAGGGGAACCCCAGCCCGGCAAGGAAGAGGAGGCCAAGGGCAACGACGGGAUGUUCUCGUUCCUCAAGGGGAACUUCCUGAAGAAGGACAAGGACGUCAGGAGGACGAGGCAUUGCGGGCCGGCAGGGGAUGCAGACGCAGACACAGGGAGGAGCAGCUCCUCCAGGCUGUCACUGUCCAAUGGGGAGGCAGGAGGCACUGCGACCGCCAGUGAAGGACGGCGCUCGGAUGGUGCGGGCCAUCCCGGUGCUGAGCUGCCCAAUGGGAAGGCGGCCCGCGGCACAGCAGAUAUCAAGCGCUCCCAAAGCUCCUCCAAUAUCCCCUCUAAGACAGAGGCGACGAUGCGCAGGACGGCCUCACUUCACCGCAACGGAAUCCCCCAUGCGACCGCGUCCCCCCACGGCCAGCCCACGGACAAGCUGUCCCACGGCACCCUGCAGAGGCCACGUCACAGCACCCACUCCCUGGGGCGCAAGAAAACAGUGCCAGAGUCCAGCUUCUGAGGUUUAGGUGGACAGAGUCUCGCUUCUGAGGUUUAGGUGGACAGAGUCUCGCUUCUGAGGUUUAGGUGGACAGAGUCUAGCUUCUGAGGUUUAGGUGGACAGAGUCUCGCUUCUGAGGUUUAGGUGGACAGAGUCUAGCUUCUGAGGUUUUCUGAGGUGGACAGUCUCUGCUGGACUGUAGAGGAGGUUGACUGUUUCAAAUGAAUUGUUGAGGAACAUCGAUACCGGAAGAUUUGAAGAGAUCCCAUAAAAACUGCCCAAAUACCACACAGUCAACACUGAAUAUUUAAGCAUGAACACGCACACACGUGCUUGCAAGCCUAUGCACAUGAAAGCACUGGUGCACGCACCCCUUUAUGCGUGUGCGACUGCGCACACACAUGAACCCAUGAUUAUGCGUGUGAACACACACGCUCCUACGCCAAACCAAUCACGCAAAGGGUGAAUAAUCAAAGCAAUACAACUCGAUUCCCGAUCGUGUGGCCUAAUGCUCACAGGAAGGAGGCUGUCUCACGUGAGGAUGGAGAGCAGCCAGCUUCAAGGACUUCAGCACAUUCACAUGAUAUGUCACGUUUGGUGCCUUAAUCUGUUCUGACAGUCUUAGUAUAACUCUUGCCACCGAGUGAACGUGUGUGAGUAUGAGCACUCCUCGACUUUCGAUUUGUCCUUUCUCUCUGCUAAGAUCUUUGAUGCGUGCGUUUCUUUGGCAACUUCAUGCUCUACAUUAAUAUAUUGUUCUAAAAGUCUCACAGAGCAGCUUCAAGAAGUGUGCCUUCCCAGGCAGAUGUCUACUACUAUUUUAAAUGUAUAUAUGAUAUAUGGUGAUAUGGUUAAUAUAUAUGAUUGUCGGUCUGCUAUGUUUUUUUUAAUUCAUGUAGCAGGACCGCCCAGUCCAGCACCAGAAGUAAUUGUCAAAUUACACUAAAUGCCUAAUCCACCCUCUACACAGUGUGCAUUGACCAGUCCUACUACAUCCCAUAAUUGUUUUUGAAUUUGUUUUAAAAUCUUGCCAUGUUAUGAUCACUGCAAUAUUUCGUUUUUUGUCUCUGUCAAGGUUCCGACGCUUUUGUUUGAAAUAGUCACAAAUCAUUCACUCUUCCCCAUCAGAUUCAAGAUGACUCGUUUGGCAUGCAAGCAUUUUAAUGUUUCUUUGUAGGAAUAAUUAGCUCAGAAAGCAUAAUAGCGCAAAUGCAGAAUCUUGCUGUCACAGAAAUGCCAGCAGGACACACGUCCUCUCUCACACUGUUAUGCUGUCACCUCUUCUCCCCCAUUCCUGGUUCAAUGUGCCUCUUAAGUGCCUUGUUUAGUAUUCAAGCAAUUUAACGGUGAUGGACACUAUAAUCAAACCUAUUGAUUUGGCUCUCUUCUCACUAAUACAAGGAAGGGGACAAUACUUCAGACGUCAGGCUGAUAACCUAUGUUUGUUAGACGUUUGCGUUGCCCCGCUUUGUACACAAACUCAAUGUUCUCGGUUCACAGCAUGAAAUAGAAGAAUGUAUUAUUUAUUAAUCUAUAAACUUUUUUUUAUGGAUUUGGGGUAUAUUUUGAUAUGCAAUGAUUUGGUCUACAACUCUGGCAUAUGAAAAGGACAUGUAUUUUGAUGGUUGAAAGCUAGUAUGCUUAAUGUGAAUAAUUUGAAUCGAUAGUGACAAUAUUGUUCAUCAAAAUAUCUUAUUAAAAAAAUAAUCCAAGCAAAUUAUCUAAAAUAAUGUCUUAAGAAUGUCUAAAUCUUACUGUUUAUCGUUGGAUAGACACUGAAGUCUACAGUAGAACAGCUUUCAGGAAAUACCAUCACCUUCACACAUUCCUUUUCGCAAAUACCAAGCCAUACAAGCCCAUAGAAAUUCAUAGCAGGCUAUAAUGUAAACCUGUGUUUGAAAAGAGAUGUUUCAUUUAAUUCAUUAAUGUGUUCCACCUGCAUUUAGGAAUUCAUUAUUAAGCGAUAUUACAUGAGGGUUUGUUUAACACAACUCGUCGUUCCGUACCGCAUCACUGUUAUGCCAAUAAUGGUAAAUCACACCUUCCUGUUUGAUAAUGCUUGAACAGAUAAAAUAACAUAACAGUUCUUUGUCUUCAGAUCUGUCAGUGUGACCACAAUAUCAUGUUAAUUCCAAGCUUUGGCCAUGAACAUGUUUUUUAUCAAACUGCUGCAAUAUUUGAACAUUUGAAUGCAGUACCAAUGGUUGAUUUUGCUUAAUUUAAGGGCAUUCAAAUCUCUCUAUAGGUUUUCACCUACCUGUUGACAAACAGGAACAUUCUGCCAUAAAGGUUUUCAUAGCCUUGAUUGGUUUUGUUAAAAAACGAUUUAUUCAAAGAGAUUUGUGACGCUUUAUCAUAUUAAUGUGUGGCAUCGUUCUUAUUAUGUAAAAUUAUACAUUUUGAGAUACUGUUUCCCAUUAAAAAUACUUUUCUUAAUGUA